UCAUUGGCAGAAUCAUGCAGAACCAGUUUGAUCUGAUAAAAGUCUUUGGGGUGCAGAUGGGGGGAUGGGGAAUGCCAUGAGACUGCCGAGUCUGAUGGGUCUGAUGGAACAGACAGUCUGGAAAUUCCGAAUGACGUUUCAGAAUCCAGCUGUCCAAAUAUAAGGAAGGAGGUCGCAAGACACUCAGGACGAGAAGCAAGACAAGACAACAGGACCUUUGCGGCGUAGACUCACCAUGAACCUCCUCUUCCUCUCCCUGCUGCCUCUGGUGGCGUCGCAGUCCCUCAGCGAUCUCUAUGUCAACGAUGCACCUUCUUCGCCGCGACCGUACAUCAUCCCUCACUAUGCCGACUCGCACGCUGUCACCGUAGGCAGCCAGCUUUAUCGCUUCACGGUGACGGGGCCUUCGUCCGACUAUGCCUUCACGCUGAUGAGCACCAAUGCCCCAUCCAGUGGCAGCCUGGGCGUACUCCCCCAUAUUCACCAGAAGCACUAUGAGAAUUUCUUCAACUUCAAGGGUCGCUUUCAGUUGUGGGCGCAGCACGGCGAUGGAGAACAACAGGGACGGCUGUUGACGCAGGGAGACUACGGAUCAGUCCCCAGGAACACCACGCAUACGUUCCAGAUCUUGGAUCCCGAUACCGAAAUGGUGGGAGUCGUCGUUCCGGGCGGAUUCGAGGACUUGUUCUACGCUCUCGGCCAGAACUUCUCCUCCGCAACCAACACGCCCUACAUUCCUCAGGCCAGCAACACCUCGGGCCAGGACUCCAACGCCGUUUCCGGCCUGGAAUCCUUCGACGUCUACGCUCAGCUCGACUUCCAGCCGCGUCGGGAUUUCGCCAACGGCUCCGCUCCCUCCGAUGAGGGCUGGCAUAGCGAGUCGGACUCCUUGGGCCAGUCAGGAAAGCCCUACUUCGUCGCCAACAACUACGGACCGAAGUACCUCAACUCGGAGCACGGCGCAUACCAGAUUGUGCAGCCGCUCGUCACCAACUCCCAGUCGCAGGACACCAACUUCACCAUGUCCACUCUGAUCGUGAGUCGACAGCGGGCGGCGGCGAAGGCCCCGACGUGGAAUGCGGCCGGAGCGGCGGCGUUCGAGGUGCUGGAGGGAUCACUGAUGAUCCAGAUCGGAGACUACCCGGAAGCCCGACUGGAGAUGGGCGACGUGGCGUUUAUCCCCAAGCACGUCCCCUACCGGUACUGGAACCAGGGAGCCUAUGCAAAGGCUCUGUAUGUCAGCAGCGGCCGCGAGGGCGCCGACCAGCGUCUGAUCCGCGGAGGCAAAAGCUGGGCCUAUCCCACCUUUCCCCGAUACUAAAUUGGCCGUCUGUGCUAGAGCCCAGUAACUUCAAAUGGCGCCAUCG